GACACACCUAACCUUUAACCUUUGAUCCAAGGUCACUAUGGCGAAAAAUCUUGAGGACAAGCUAACACGAGUGCGUGCAGCUAUUGUGGAUGUGCCUAACUUCCCUAAAAAAGGAAUAAUAUUUAGAGAUAUAUUUCCAGUACUGAGGAACCCUCCAGUGUUUAAAGAUUUGAUAGAUCUCCUGAUCAGUGCUGUGACCGAGUCUGUGCCUGAUGCUCAGUGCAUAGUUGGCCUUGAAUCCAGAGGCUUCUUGUUUGGUCCCAUCUUGGCAGAACAGCUCAACAUUCCGUUUGUGCCGAUUCGGAAGAAGGGUAAACUUCCUGGAGAAGUCUUAUCAGUUACAUAUGAGUUGGAAUAUGGUUCAGACACUUUUGAAGCCCAGUCUAAUUCUGUAGCUGAAGGGGCAAAAGUUGUCAUCGUGGAUGAUCUUUUGGCUACUGGGGGUACUAUGAAAGCUGCUUGUGACUUGAUGGUCAAGUUGAAAGCCCAAGUUUGUCUGUGUCUGGUCGUCAUUGAGCUUCCCUCCUUAAAAGGCAGAGACAAGGUUUCCUAUCCAGUGAAAUCGCUGAUUACAUUUACAGAUUAGCCUCCCUUGAUCAUCUUUUUUUCUUUUUAAUUUCUUUUGUUGGGAUUUAUUGGUACUGUUCCUUUGUAAAACAAUACUAUUUUUAGAAGAUUACUUACAAUCAUUUCAUAUCAGUUUAUUGUUCUGUUACCUUCUUGCCAUUAUAAUCAACAAUUGAGAUUUGUGUUAGAGAGUAGCUGUUAAGCUUCUGAUAUUAUUUGAAAAAAAAAAUCAAAAACUUUUUUUUUCUAUUUAUCUUUCUUUGUAUUUAUAUUUUUUGAAAAUAUAUUUUUGUUGUAGUUUUUAUGGUUACAUCUUGAUGUAGUCUUAUUUUUUGCUCAAUUGUUUUUCUAAAAUAAAAAUAAAAAUUUGAAUUAGUUAAUCUCCUGUAACAAAUGGAAGAAUUUGUAGCUGAAAAAACACAGGUCCCUUUUAAAGUUGCUCUGCUUGCUGGUGGAGCA